UUGCCAUAAAUUUCAUUGUUUUUCCUUUUUUUUUUAACUGAUUAAGCCGAGGAGCCACAGAGAGGGAGGGAGGGAUCAUAAAAGUCAAAAACUGAAAUCUUUGAAUCGAAUCGGCGAAAAAGUUUCCAGCUUGAAUCUCCAGCUGCGCUUUCCGGCCUCUGAUGCAAGCCGAUCCGGAGUCGCCGCCGAAGACCUCCUAUGGUGAUCAAAUCGAGCUUCUCGGGAAUUUAUAGUAACACCGCAGCAGCCGCUGUCACCGUUGCCGUCGAGAACACGACGACGAGAGAUGAAGAGCUGAAUCCGUGGCGGCGUUGGCUCCUACGAUGCAGAUUAGGUUGUCGCCGAGCAUGAGAAGUAUCACUAUAUCAACGAGCAACAAUGGGUUAUUUGAUUUGAUGAAGGUGAAGGUCUCUGCUCGCCAUAUCUCUUAUCGGAUCUUCCACAUCGUCCUGAUUCUUGCUCUCUUGCUCCCAUUCGUCUUCAUCCUCACCGCUCUCAUAACCCUUGAGGGCGUCAAUAACUGUUCCUCCUUCGUUUGUUUGGGAAGGAGGCUGGGUCCAAGAUUUCUUGGUAGUGGUGAUGAUGAUUCAAUGAGACUUAUGAGAGAUUUAUAUAAACUAAUAGAUCAAGCAAAUGCUGUGGAAAUCCCAUCAGGCAUAAAAUUUCCAGAAUCAUUUAGCGAGUUUCUUUCUGAAAUGAAACAUAACCACUAUGAUGCAAAGACAUUUGCAAUCAUGCUGAAGGGCACAAUGGAAAAUAUGGACAGGGAAGUAAAGAAAUCAAGAUUGUCAGAACAGUUGCAUAAACACUUUGCCGCAAUUUCUAUUCCAAAAGGCCUCCAUUGUCUUUCCUUAAGGUUGACAGAUGAAUAUUCUACCAAUGCACUCGCAAGGAAACAAUUACCUUCUCGUGAAGAUUUGCCCCUUCUCUUUGAUAACUCCUACCACCAUUUCAUUGUAGCUUCUGAUAACAUUUUAGCAGCUUCUGUUGUGGUUGGCUCAACGGUCAGGUCUUCACUGAAUCCUCAAAUGAUCGUCUUUCAUGUUAUCACUGACAAGAAGACAUAUCCAGGCAUGCACUCAUGGUUUGCUUUGAAUCCUGUUUCUCCAGCCAUUGUUGAGGUGAAAAGUGUUCACCAGUUUGAGUGGCUGACAAAAGAAAAUGUGCCUGUGCUGCAAGCUAUGGAGAGUCACCAUGGUGUAAGAAAUCAUUAUCAUGGAAAUCCUGUCUCAGGCAUCCAAGCAAGUGAUAAUCCAAGAGUUUUUGCUUCAAAACUGCAAGCUAAGAGCCCGAAAUAUAUUUCUUUGCUCAAUCAUCUUCGCAUAUAUCUUCCCGAGCUCUUCCCCGAGCUGAACAAGGUGGUCUUUCUUGAUGAUGAUGUUGUUGUUCAGCGCGACUUGAUCCCACUUUGGGACAUUGAUCUUCUUGGAAAAGUAAAUGGUGCUGUUGAAACUUGUAAAGGCGACGACGGCUGGGUUAUGUCUAAGCGUUUUAGAACAUAUUUCAACUUCGCUCAUCCUCUGGUAUCGAAAAACUUGGACCCCGACGAAUGUGCAUGGGCCUAUGGAAUGAAUAUCUUUGACUUGAAUUCAUGGAGGAAAACACAAAUCAGAGAAACUUACCACCAUUGGCUAAAAGAGAAUGUGAACUCGAAUUUGACCAUUUGGAAGCUCGGAACGUUGCCUCCAGCUCUAAUCGCAUUUCGCGGACACGUGCAUCCUAUCGAUUCAUCAUGGCACAUGCUAGGCUUGGGUUACCAGGAGAAGACAAACUUAAAUAAGGUGAGAAACUCUGCUGUCAUCCACUACAAUGGCCAGUGCAAGCCAUGGCUAGACAUAGGUUACAGACACCUUCAACCAUUUUGGACAAAGCAUGUCAACUACUCCAAUGAGUUCAUAAGAAAUUGUCAUAUCUUACAGCCUGUUGAUUAGCUCCAGCAAUGCAAUAUAUAUCUAUACAAGGAAUAUGUUAUUUCAUGUUGUAAACUAGAAAUUGCUGAUUAUUAGAUAAGGAGGGUGAUUUUUGGUCUUCUUGUUUUGGGGAGCACAUUGCUUCCCUUUGACAGUGAAGAGAAUUAACAGUUACUUUCUGCAAUAGAAAUUUUGCUUAUAUAUAAUUUAACAA